AUGGUAACACAUUCUCAAGUUUAUCUAACCAUAUUAGAACAUUCUACAGCACUUCAAAUAACUACUUCAGUUCACUCAACCUCAACAACCACUUCAGUUUGCCUAGUAACAGCUCAGCUAAUAACUGCGCUGAUUUGCCUGAUAACUGUGGUAACACUUAUAGCACUUCAAAUAACUACUCUAACAUAUCAAUCUGUAGAGCUUAUUGAAAGAUAUCUGAAUAUUAGAAUCCUAAGGUCAAUUAAUAAUGAACAUGAUAAUGCAGAAAUCAAGAAUUCAAAAAAGGAAAAUAUUUAUUUGCAAGUUAAAAUGUAA